AUGGUGGCUCAGCAUUGCCAGUCUCCGCUCUCCAUCCUGAGAGGUGUGGAGAAUGCAGACCACUGCACCAAAUGUCCAGAAGAUCAACACCCCAACAAGGACAGAGAUCAAUGCAUCCCCAAGAUUAUCACCUUCCUGUCCUAUGAUGAAUAUUUGGGGACCCUCUUGGCUUCUACUGCCCUGUUUUUGUCCUUAAUCACAGGCCUUGUUUUAGGAAUAUUCAUUAAAUAUCUUGACACUCCCAUAGUCAAAGCCAACAACAGGGACCUUUCCUACAUCCUCCUUGUCUCCCUCCUUCUUUGCUUUUUGUCCUCCUUUCUGUUUAUAGGCCGGCCAAGGAAAAUGACCUGCCUUCUCAGGCAGACAGCCUUUGGCAUCAUCUUCUCAGUUGCUGUCUCUUCUUUGUUGGCAAAAACUAUUACCGUUGUGCUGGCCUUCCUAGCCACUAAGCCAGGAAACAGGGUGAGGAGAUGGCUGGGAAAGAGUCUGGCUAAUUCCAUUGUCAUUUCCUGUUCCAGUAUCCAAAUUCUCAUCUGUGUCAUCUGGCUGGGUACCUUUCCUCCAUUCUCAGACUCUGACAUGCACUCCCAGGCUGGAGAGAUCAUCCUGCAAUGCAAUGAAGGAUCUGUUGCCAUGUUUUACACUGUCCUUGGCUACAUGGGCUUCCUGGCUGCCAUCUGCUUCACAGUGGCCUUCCUAGCCAGGAAGCUGCCUGGGGCCUUCAAUGAAGCCAAGCUGAUCACCUUCAGCAUGCUGGUCUUCUGCAGUGUUUGGGUGUCCUUUGUGCCCACCUACCUGAGCACCAAGGGGAAAUACAUGGUAGCCGUGCAGAUCUUCUCUAUGUUGGCCUCCAGUGCUGGGCUUCUGGGCUGCAUCUUCAUUCCCAAGUGCUACAUUAUUGAGAUCAACCAGCAUCCUAAGCUUUUACCCAAUGUCACCCUGGGCUAUAGCAUCUAUGAGGCUGCUUAUGAUGCCAGAGCAGCUGCCGAUGCCCUGCUAGACAGUAUUCAAAUAUACAGCUGUGGAAGACAGAAGGACGUGUUGGCUGUUUUUGAAGCAACUUCUUCUGAAAUCGCCAGCCAGAUUUCAAGCAUGUUGGGCAUCUACAAAAUGCCCCAGGCAGACCUGCGGCAGUCUGGCAGCUAA